AUGGAUGAAGGACCAGUCGGAGCUGGUGGACCUUACGCCUCACCCCUCGGUGGAGGUGGUGGCCUAGGCGGUGGAGGACCAGGCGGCGGAGGUGGAAGCUAUGCCGGUGGUGCAGGUCUCGGAGGACUCGGAGGACUUGGAGGAGGUGGCGGAGCCUACAGUGCACCAGGAGGUGGAGGUGGCGGCUACCAAGGUCCAUCAGUUGGAGUGGGUGGCUAUCAAGGUGGAGGAGGACUCGGAGGCGGAGGUGGCCUAGGAGGCUUUGGUGGAGGACCAAGCGGAGGAGCUGGAUCUUACUCUGGCGGUGGAGGUGGAGGCGGAUUCGGCGGAGUAUCCGGUGGAGGAGGUGGAGGCUACACUGCACCAGCAGCAGCCGGUGGCUUUGAAGGAGCCAGUCAAGCAGCUGGAGGAUUCACAGGAGGAGCAGGUGGAGGUGGUGGCGGUACCUACCAAGAGGGACCCUCAGCUCCAAUUGCCCCGAUAGCUCCACAGCCAACGUUCCCACAACCUGGUCCAUCAGGAGGAGCUACUUAUCAACAAGUUCCCGUCGAAGCCCAACAGCAAGCGGAAGUCGAAACGGUGUCGACUUCAGAGACAUUCGCGCCUGCAACUUCGGUCGAUUCAACACCAGUUGAAGCUCCGGUGUCCAACGUCGAAUCGGCCAGCGAGCAGCAACCCGCUCCAGUAGUUACAGAAAGUUCCCAACCAGCACAAGUUGCUGUUGGAACUGAAGCGCCUAAAGAGGAGUCCAGCUAUGACGACAUCAUCGAAGAGCAGCAGACCGUUGACACCGCUCAUUCGAUCAUGAACUCUUCACCUUCAUCUACAAAUGACGUUGACUACGGUAACGAAGCCGGUGACGAGGGCAAUUGUGAUGAUCCGGAGUUGAAGGCUAUCGUUGAAGGAGCGCUUUCAACCGAAAAGGAUAACCUCGAGGCAGCUCGUAAGAUCGAGAGCGACGCUGCGGCAAAGUUCGGUGGACGUUUCAACGCGAUUGUGUCCGACGCUGAAUUCGCCUAUGUGAACUGGUAUGGCAAGAGGAACUGCCAGCUACGUAUCGAAAAUCGUCAUUCGCUCACCUGGGAGGAUUAA